AUGUUAACAAAUUGUCCUCGAGAUACUCAUGAAUGCAUCUCACCGAUAACAAAGAAAAUCAUUUGUCUACCUGUUCAUCAAGCUGGAAAUGAAAUUGUCGAUUGUCUUGGAUCUACAGAUGAAAAAACAUUUUGUCGAUUAACACAUCCAAAGAAUCCUGAAUUGAGAUAUAAGUGCUGGAAUGAAAAAAUAUGUGUUUCUGAUAAAUAUUUUUGCAAGGAGAAACUAUGUUAUUUCGAACGCUUACAUAACUGUUCAAAUGAUAUUACAGGUGUUAUCAGCCGUCUAGGUGAAGAUAACAAUCUUAGAUUUCCUGAGUAUGAACAUGUUAUGAUUGAACGUUCACAGACAAAUGUAUUUUCAUUAAUCAUACAGAAAAUUUUUCUCUUGCAUCCAACUCAAGCAAUGCUUGAUUUGAAAACAUCUUCUGAACAAUCAAAUUCGUUAACUGAAUUGACUAUGAAUCAAGAAAAUAUGAUAUUAAACAAACAAUUUCAGAAUGAUCGAAGUGUUGCAUGUAAUCGUGGGAUUGGGAUUUAUGUUGGAAUUCCAAUGAAAAUACAUUGUCUUUGUCCUCCAAGUUAUUAUGGAGAUCGAUGCCAAUUUCAAAGUCAACGUGUUAGUUUAAUACUUCAAUUUUCUCAGGUGUGUAAAACUAAUUGUCAAGGAAUAUUUGGUAUUAUUAUUACUUUGAUAGAUCAAGAUAAUAUUAUUCAUGAUCAUGAACAACUAACAUAUACGACUACAUAUAAAUGUGAAAAUAAAUUUUUUAUUUAUCUUCUAUAUAAAUCACGACCCAAAAAAUAUGACAAAAACUUAUAA